AUGGCGUCUAUAUUCCAUCUGAUUACAACUCCCGAUGCAUGCGAUGCUCUCACAGCUAGAGCUAGGAUCUCGGGGCUGCAUGAAAAAAACAUUGCCAUAAACCAAUGGAUUCGCAUUCUAACCACAACUGAUACCGCUACAACUGCUGCCAAUAUCUCCUCCUCGUCCACCAAAAGAUACUUGGUAUACUACGCGAAAGCUUGGCCAACGUCAGAUACAACCGAUCAACCAACCAUCAUAUGCGAACCUUUGAUUAAAAGAGCUGCAAUGUCCGUUGAAAUCGGUCUCCUGUCUGGAAUACUGCCUGAUCAGUGCAUCAUAAGGCAAAUGCCAUCAAAACCAGUUGAUGCCAUUCAAGUUCGCGUAUCUGUCACUGUGAAACAACCUAGACUGCAACUGGACGAACUUGGUUUUGACUUCCACAAGGGAUCUCUGGAGAUGCAACAAUCUGCUGUACAAAACUCACUGUUGAACUUGGCCGUGAGCUCCAAAUGUCGCAUAUUAGCACCGACUCGAGCCUUGUCAAUCAAAAUCCUCGAUACAACACCGUCAAAUGCUAAUGUAGUGGUUACUGUUUCAACAAGUAUCAUCAUUGAUUCCAAGAAACAGGCAACGGAUUUGGCGCAUGCCUUCCAAAACAUGGCCAUAUCAGCAUCAAACGCAGAUAUGGAUGAUGAGGAUGAAGAAGAUCAAGAUAUGCUAGCUGUUGAUCUAGCCAGUGUUGAAACUGUGCCUGGUCUUGAAGCUGCUUACAAGAGCUUGAUGGAUAUUCUGAUUUAUCCAUUAUACUAUCGUGACAUUGUACAAAAGAUGCACGUUGAUCCACCAAAGGGAGUUCUAGUAUACGGACCCCCAGGAGUUGGAAAGACCAUGCUGGUUAACUUGGUUGCUAAAGCGUGUAAAGCCAUUGUGGUGACCAUCAAUGGUCCUGAAAUAUUUGGAUCAAACCAAGCUGAAUCAGAACAGAAUCUUCGAAACAAGUUUGAUCAAGCCAGAGAUUUGUGUAAACAGUCUCAAGCCGACGCAAUAGCAGCAUCACGAAGCAACACAUCCAUCUCAUCACACGUACGAGGCGUCACAUCAUCCCUCCUCUCCGAACUGUCGUCCAUAGAAUCACUCAGCUUUGUAGUAGUCGGUGCAACCAAUCGACCUGAAUCUAUCGAUGCAGCAUUACGGAGACCAGGAAGGUUCGAUCGUGAAGUUGCUAUUGAUCCCCCGAAUGAAGCAGCUAGAACGAGUAUAUUGGCUCUUGUUGCGAAGAAAGUGCCGUGUGAUGAUACAAUUGAUUGGACUGAUUUGGGGAAACAGACUAUUGGAUAUGUUGGUGCUGAUUUGGAAGCGGUUGUUCGUGAGGCUGCUAUGGAUGCUGUUUCGAAGGGACAGACGCACGUCAACCACCUCAAUAUGAAACACGCUCUAUCAAUCCACCCACCAUCAAUGACUCGAUCUCUAACCGUCAAAUUCACCGCAACAUCAUGGACUGAUAUUGGUGGUCUAGCCAGUGUUAAAAAGGCUCUUCAACAAGCAAUUGAAUGGCCUAUAUCUAGACCGCAACAGUUUGAAAGACUGGGCGCCAUGAUACCUCGUGGUGUCCUCUUGUAUGGUCCACCAGGAUGUAGCAAGACGACACUGGUUAAAGCUCUAGCUACUAGUUCGGGUGUCACGUUUCUCUCUAUUAAUGGUGCAUCGCUGUAUUCUCCUUUUGUGGGUGAUUCUGAAAAGGCUGUGCGUUCGCUAUUCACCAGAGCGCGAAUGGCAAAACCAACCAUUAUAUUCAUUGAUGAAAUCGAUGCCAUUGUUGGAAAAAGAAACUUUGAUAGUAAUUCUUCGGAAUCACAUGUUGGAGUACGUGAACGGGUGCUAGCUACAUUGUUGAGUGAAAUGGAUGGUGUUGAGAGUGCUAAGGGUGUUAUCGUUGUGGCCGCCACAAAUCGACCAGAUAUGAUUGACACAGCACUAAUGCGCCCUGGCCGUUUUGAUCGUGUAAUAUACGUGCCGCCACCAGAUACUGAAUCGAGACUAGACAUUCUGAGAAUUCAUACUCGUAAAAUGCCACUUGAUGAGAGUAUUGAUCUCGCAGUGCUGGCUGAAGGGACUAGGUACUAUACCGGAGCUGAUUUGGAGGCCCUUUGUAGAGAGGCUGCGCUGGACGGUGUUAGAGGGGAUAAGGAUUGUCAGUUGUUGAAUCGACAUCACUUUGACAGUGCCUUACGAGCUGUACGGCCCUCACUGUCUGCUGGAAUAGAAUUGCAAUUCGCGACCUUCCAAACACCGUCAUCAGCUAUCCCACGCUCAGUGUCAAGGUCAUCAGCAGUAUCUCGAGCCAGCAGUGUUAAAUCAGCUGCAAGUUUCAAAUCCACUGCUUCCUCAUCGUCAUUAUUAUCUGAGGGCGUUCGAGAAGUGCAGUCAACAAAACUUGCUAAGUUUUGCUCUGCUGCUUCUGGACGUGAGAGGCUAGUAGGGAAAUCGGCACCACCUUCAGCUGUUCGCGAUUCAAGGACUGAACCAUUGGGUGGGAAGAGUCAUUCAACAGCUUUUGGAACAGUAUACGUCCGUGGAGGCAUCCCAUGCAGACUUCAGCACGGCUCAGUCCAACACCGAAUCUCAUGGACUGCACCACCAUCAGGUCUCUCCUUUUCAGCUCUAUGUCCAUUGUUCAUCACGGGUCUGCUCGAAACACAUCCACAAUAUCGAUUCAUGGCACACCAAGGACUUGUUGAAUUAGUCUCGUCUGCUCCUGGUGCGAUCCAGUUGGGUUUCCCAUCGUGUAUUGCUCCAUUACGCGCUGUGUUGAGUAAUGGUGCUGACAAGGGUGCAUCACUAGUAGCGCUCCGAGUCUUAGGCAUAAUGGUUGAAAGACUAUCACCAGAUACGUUGGCAUCAUCAUGUGGAAUGUUACUACCUCCCAUCUCACGUCUAGCAGUCAGCAAAGACCGCGAAUUAAACGAUGCUACACAUUCAAUGUUGAGAACGUGGGAGGAAUCUGGUGGGCCUCAAGUACUGAAGUUGAUCAAGGCUAGGAUUCCGACAUAUACCAGUAUUCGCUCAUGCUAA